AUGAGUUACAUAAAGCAGUUCCUGUACACUUAUUUGGGGGCAACUUCUAAAGCUCAUAGCCAUGCUCCCCCUGCCCUCACAGCCUCGCCUUCGGGAUCAAUCUCAAGGACUGUUAGCCAGCGCGAUGCAGCCCUCUUUUAUUUUCUGUAUAAGGUAAACAGAGCUCCAACUAACUCUCAUAAGAAGCUCGAAGCUAAUAAGCAGCUAUAUAAUGAAAUUGCUCGAAGGAAACGUGUAGAUGAUAGCAUAACCAAAAUCGGAGAGCUUCUGUUUGGGACCGAGAAGGGCUCAGAAUUACUGAUGAAGGUCAGGCCUUCAGGACAACCUCUAGUGGAUGACUGGGAAUGCUUCAAGAUGUUUAUUAGGACUUAUGAGAGUCGCUGCGGAAAGCUGUCGACAUAUAUAUGGAAUGAAGUACAUGCGAGCUUUUGCCAACAUGUGCAAUGA